UCAACCAACGAGAAGAUACCUUUUUAUGCCUGGUGAGGCUGCAGACGAGCAGCAGUCGAUCCAUUUUCCGGAGGACAAGAGUUCCACGACCAACAGAGUUAAGUGUGAGCUGAAGCAUCUGAGUGGGCAUGUGGCUACUGGAGAAGAUCCGUAGCUCUGUAGAGAGCAGUGGGACAAAAUCCCAGCACCCCCAGACAAUAGAGGCCAUUCCUGUCUCUGUUUAUGCCAACGUCCUCACUCCAGAAAAGAUCCCUGAUUUCUUCAUCCCCCCUAAACUUAUCUGCUGCCCACCAGAGGAGUCUCUAACCCCGGAGCCUCAGCACUUCUCCACAUUACGACCCUCUUUGUCUGACCAUGCCAUCUGCAGCCAGAGCCCCAGAGCUCGGAGCAGCAAGAACCCCUGCAGCCCUCGCCUCUUUUCACGCCUGGGAGGGGACACACGCAACCUCCAGAAGUCAGCCAACCGUCACAUCAUCCAAAUAGAGAGUGCUGAUGAGCCGGGUGCCGGAUCUGCGGAUAGGGUCAGUGUCAACACUAAUGCUGACCCCCAGUCACAGACUGCAAUGUCUCUGCCUUAUGUCCCCAAGGCUCAGACCUCAUAUGGCUUUUCCACCCUGGUGGAGUCUCCUCACACCCGCCGCAAAGAGAGCCUUUUCCACAGCGACCCGGGCAGCCCUCUCACCUCCCCGAACUCCCAGAGACGCUCCCAAGGGGGGACUCUUCUGGCCCCGGCUGACCCCAACCCCUACCGCUAUUUCAGCGGCGGAGAGAGCGACACCUGCUCCUCAGCAGAGUCAUCCCCCUUUACCUCCCCUCUGCUGUCCCGCUCUGCCUCCCUCUUACGCUCCUUGACCCAGGAGACACAAGCCAAGGUGUCUCGUGCCAAGCGCUCCCUGGCACGCCACAGUUCUCUCUCCACUGAUGAAUGCAGCUCAGCAGACAACAGCCCCAACAUGCAACGCCGCCACAUGCGCUGCCCUCCCUCUCCCGCCUUCCGAGGAUGUAAAAGCAGUGGCUUAAGGGGCGCAGCGUCAGACCUCCUGCAGCGUGAGCACACCAUUAACCUCCACAAGGGGGGGACACUGAGGCUGAGCACCCACUACGACCCGGAGACGGCUCGACUGAGGGUACGCGUGCUCGCGGCCGAGGCCCUUUAUGACAGGCAGACGGACCUUAAAAGCAUCAACUGCUGUGUGGCACUCUACCUGAACCCCGGCAAGCAGCAGAAACAGAGGAGCACCAUCAUCAAGAACAGCAGGAAUCCAGUAUUCAACGAAGACUUUUUUUUUGAUGCGCUGCCCAAGACGCAAGUGAAGAGUCUGGCCAUGAAGAUAAAGGUGGUGAACAAAGGAACCAGUCUGAGGAGAGACGUGCUUCUAGGAGAAAGGGAGGUGCUGCUCAGUGAGCUGCUGGCAGGCCUCUAGGGAGUCCCUGUCAAGACUUGGUUGAAAACAAGCAGCUCCACAUCUUGAGGGCCCUUUCUUCUCUGGCUACCUUUUUAUCCCACUCAACAGAUGUGAUAAAUACUGGGCAGGUGAAAGCAUGCUGAUGAUAAGGGAGUUGUAUCUUGAACACUGUGUUAUGUAAAUCAAUGGACAAAAAAAGAAAAUGUGCCUCUGCAGAAUUAAAA